ACGGCCAGUGCCUCGGCGUCUCGGAAAGAUGGCGGACCGUGCCGGCGGCGGCACAUCCCUGCGAGGGAUGCGCGAGCGGAUGGUUGCUGCGGCUCAGGCCAUUGCAGCAGAGCGUCGGAGUCAAAGUGGCCUUCAACAUCAGUCCACCACGGCCACCAGUAUGAAGUCGACAUUUAAACCAAUAUUAGAUGGAUCUGUCCUCAAAAACGAUGAAAAACAGAGACUUGCGAAAGAGCGUAGAGAAGAGAAAAGAAGACGAGAUGACGCUAAUAAAGAAAUACAGCUUCUGGAGAAGGAGAGAAAGGCAAAAAUCUACUAUGAAAAGCAAGUAGAGGAGAAACAGCGGAAACUGAAGGAGCAGAAAGAGAAAGAUGAACAAAGAAGGAUGUCUGUUGAGGAGAAGAGGAAGCAGAAGCUCGAAGAAGACCAAGAGCGAUACAAAGCUGUCCUCUCUCGCAUUGUUGACCGCAGUAACAGCCGCGUGGACUCCAAGAAAAGAUGGUCUUGGGAAGGCCCUAUAGCUGAAGGGAAACCCGCUGCUGACACCAAAGAUGGAAAAAUGGGUAAGAGGAGUUCAUCAUUAAAUAGAAAAUGCACGGAUACUCAACAGCAUUCUGAUAAAAAUCAACCUGCUGGAAGACCGCCUGGCACUCAUGCCUUAGUUCCGUGUAUGGCACGGUCUAAUCGUAGUCGAAGUAGUCAUGAGCUACAGUCUGUGAUCGUCAUUCCCUCUAUGCCUGAGCCCGGAACAUCCAACCUAAGUGACCAAACAGCAAUUAGCAAGAGUACCAACGUACUCCAUAAUAAAACUGGCAGAAAAGCUCCCCGCAAAUCCCGAGCACAAGAACCUGCCAAAGGUCGCCUUCCUCCGACCUUCAAGGUCUCUGCAUCUCUGCGUAUGGAAGUAGCAUCCCCGAGUCAGGAAGUAACUUCAAAGGUAGUAACAUCAAAGAUGAGUCGCGCAUCGCUUCCUGCUAUCGAACUAGGAGAAUGCUUCAACCCAGAUGGCCGUCUGACAUCAUCCGCUGACAAGGCAGUUUGCGAGACCAACUUGGCAGCCUGUGUUGGGGUCAGUUCGGAGUCAUCGCCAGGUGAUAGCCUGGACCCCUCGACUGAAGUAAGUACAGAAUCCUCUGAGGCACAGAGUGUGAAUCCGUCACCAGAGGUGAGCAUUGACUCAUCAGGAGAGGUGAGUCUAGGUACCUCCUCUCCUGAAGUAAGUGUGGAGGUAUCACCGGAGGCAAGUCUGGUAGAAAUCCCAUUGGAUGUGAAGGUGGAGGUCCUUCCAGAACAUCCUGUGGAAUUGCCCCAUGUGCAGUUUGCGGAUCAAACGAACCAGCUAAAUGAAUCAGCUACUGAUGAAAUCGCCAGGCCGUCUUCUGAUAUGAAGAACACUCGACAGAAAACAGAAAUGAGCGCCAGUCAUCUUGUCAAAAAGCUUCUAACAUCGAACAACCCGUGCUAUGCAUCACCAUCCCUCGCUGUAGGUGGUUCUCGUAUCAGCAAGCCGAAGUGUCCUCCUUCGCCUGUGAUGUUCAAGUCACCUGCGCAGUAUUCUUUGACUUACAAAGUAACACCUGUGCAGCAGAUGCUGUAUAUACCAAACACCAUAAAUAGACAUGAGAGGAUGAGAGAAGUGACUCCUAAACCAAAGUCCGUGCCCCAAGACCCCGACCUUGGUAAUAAAGCCACCCCAGGUGUCAUUAAUAAGGAAGAGGCUACUAAAAUACUCUCUGAGAAACGCCGCCUCAUUCGGGAACAGAGGGAGAAAGAGUUGCAAAAGGAUGCGGUAGAAGAUCAUACUCAAAGCUUGGCUGUGGCCCCAGUUCUGAAUUUACCAUCGAGCUCAAGGAAAGAGGAAGACUUGGCGGUUCCCAGAGAGGAUGGACCUUCUCAACCGCAAACAUCUGAUGAAGCUGACUUGCAGAAGAGCGCUGAUGCUCCACAGAAGCAAGAGCUUGCUAAAGCCACAGGAAGCUCAGAGCCGGACAAUCAAAAGAAAGGGGACGCCAAAACUAAAGCUCAGGAAGAGGCGGACAAACGCAAGAAGGAGCACGAAAGAAUUAUGUUACAAAAUUUGAAGGAAAGAUUAGAAAGAAAGAAGAGGAUCGAGGAGAUAAUGAAGCGGACAAGAAAGACAGACUGGAUCCCAUCAAAGGCUGCAGGAACUCUGAGCAAAGCUGAGGAUGCCGAUGAUGAAGAUGAAGCCGAUGACGAGCAGGAGUCGGACAGUGAAACUGAUUUGUCGGAUGACAGAAAUUCAUCAGCUUCACUUAGUAGUGAAGAGACAUCUUUGAAACCCCCAAUACGUUUGCGGAACGCCAAGAAAUCCACCAAACUGAUUUUCCUAGACCCCACAUCUACUCAACUACGUCCAGGAACAAGAGUUUUUUUCGAUUGUGGUGCGAAGUCUGCCCAGCCAAUGAGCAGCAAAGGCGCAGGGGCAAUGACAAAGGGGGCUAGAACUUUGUCCAAAAGAGCCACCACCAGCAGAUCAAUCAAAGGCAAAUCACUAGAAGCGAAUAAAAGUCUGGACUCUCCAAAAAGCUUAGUCCCCCCGGAACAGGAGUGGUACUGUAGUACUGUCAUUGAUAUGUCCAAUGACACUGAAACCCUCAUACGUCGUGCAGCCCAUAUCAAAAAAUAUCAUCCUAGAGGGUCCUUGUCAGUUUGCCAAAAUCUACCAAACGAUGGCAAGAGCAGUCCUUCAUCAGAUAAGUAAUGCUCACGAUGCCCGGGUGCUGCCUCUAGGAGCGAGCAGCUUUCUACAUUUAGCCACCUCUAGUUGAAAUAUGAAGAUAGCAUAGCCGAAAUAAAAGAAGGAACAGAAACCACCAACGACGCCGUUCUUCAAGUUAGGGUUUCAAGUAAAUACAGGUGCCUUCACGUGCAAUUUCUUCGUCUCAGUUCUUGGGUUUUCCGGCGCAACAGGUGUGAGUGCGUUCUGGAGACAUUUUUAUUAAAGUGGUCGUUUUUCUUGAGCUUCUAAAACAAUCUGCGCCAAAGUAAUACUUUCACUCCGAAUGUACUAGAAACCUAAAGUGUUUAAUAGUUCCAUGGUAAUUCACAGCCCGCACUCGAUUGGGUAGGGAAUUUAAUGCAGGGAUCCCAGAUUGCCCACAAGGGGCAAUUGGUCGACUCUUUCCAGCCAACUGUUACCAAAGGUUGCAAGAUAGUUUACUGUUGUCUAUGUGUUUAACUUUGCCAUAUUUGCACGAGCACUCAAAUCCCCCAGAAUGUGGAGAAUCCCCUAACGUGUGACACGCCUUUGGAAACGCUCUGUGACAUUUGUCAGUCGGCUCUAUUUAGAUGUUGUCAGUAUUGACUGUGUUGUGCUCACCAGCCAGCCCUAUCCCUGCCAUGUUGGGCAAUGCCAAACUCUUGGUGGUCUACAAUGGACAAGACACACAGUGUUUCCAAAAAUCACUCCAUGGACUCCUGAGAAAAUAAUAACGUCAACUCAGGGCACUCUCUUCGUGCUGAUGAGUUUGAGUCACAUCAUUUAAAACAGCCCCUUGUACCAUUCUAAUUCCCAGCAUUUGUGAAAGUUAGCUUUUCAGAGAAGAAUGUUUUUUGUUAUAGGUUUGAGGGGGUUAUGGGGGUCUUGGAUAUGCCAACUACCAUAUGUGGAAGGCAGAGACAAUCACUGUUACAGAUGGGUUUCUGAUGUUUUUCUGCACAAGUGUCUCAUGGAAACACUUAUAUAAGCUCCAUAUUGAAUGUGUAUGUUCUCUCAAAUAAA